AUGGCCAACGUCUUUGCUACAGAUGCCGUUGCUCGGCUUACACCUCAAACAAUCUCUGAUCUCGCUGCUCUGAGUGCCGUUGGCGUUGCAUCAGCGGCAUAUCUCCUUCGAGGUAUCGUCUGGGACAAACCAGAUCCCUAUCACCAUGUCUGGUUCGAGCGCAUGGGUGCGAACGGUGGUGUCUCGGGACCCAAGGCAACUCGUGAUAUUGCGAAGAAGUUGGACGAGUCGGGCAAAGAUGUUGUGAUAUUCUGGGGCUCUCAGUCAGGCACUGCAGAGAUGUUCGCCAACAGACUCGCAAAAGAGUGUCACGUCCGCUUUGGCCUCCAGACUCUCUGCGCCGAUCUUUGUGACUACGACCCCGAGUCCAUCGCCAACCUCCCUCAAAGCAAGCUCGCCAUUUUCAUCAUCUCCACAUACGGAGAGGGAGACCCCAGUGACAACACGGCGGCAUUCUGGGAGUGGCUGCACAAAACCUCUGAUGUCAAACUCCCCGAUCUAAAGUACAUGGCCUUUGGUCUAGGCAACACGAACUAUCGAUACUACAAUAAAGUUAUCGACGUUGUUGUUGAGUUUCUUGAUAAGGCCGGUGCUCAGCGUUUGAUGCCAGUCGGCAAAGCCAAUGACGCACAAGGCGGUACAGAAGAAGACUUUCUUUCGUGGAAGGACGAUCUCUACACCCACUUUCAUGAACACCUAGGGUAUGAAGAGCGAGAUAUUCCAUACGAGCCAAGUAUCAAACUGGUAGAGGACGAUUCCCUCGAUGUUAUGGACCUCAAUCUGGGUGAACCCAUUCAGAAUCGAAGCGGUCCUGCGAAAAUCGUCAAGCAGUAUUCGCCUAUUCGCCCUUUGGCUGUCAAGUCAUCUCGCGAGCUAUAUACAACCCCCGGGCGCAACUGUCUCCACAUGGAACUCGAUAUCACAGACCAGCCUGACCUUCGCUACCGAACUGGCGACCACUUAGCAGUCUACCCUAUCAACCCAGACCACGAGAUCCAACUUCUUCUCACGGCCCUUGGCCUCCAAGACCGAGCUGAGAAGCCUCUGCUCGUCCAAGCUCUCGAAGAAGGGGCGUCUAUCAAGAUCCCCAGUCCGACAACGGCACUAGCACUUUUUCGACAUUACCUGGAAGUGUCAGCCCCUGUGUCUCGAGAGACGGUGGGACAGUUGGCGCGGUUUGCACCUUCGGCAGAAGUCUCUGAGACGUUGACGGCUUUGGGCAAGAGUAAAGAGAUGUACGCGGGCUAUAUCGCCAAGAACCAUGUUACCAUGGGUCGUUUACUAUCUCUUGUUGCACCUGGAGUUAUCUGGGACAACCUUCCCCUGUCAUAUGUCGUCGAGACACUGCCUAAUAUGCAACCGCGUUACUACUCCAUCUCCUCCUCAAGUACAGUCUCUGCGCGCAAGCUCGCCAUCACUGUUGGUGUUGACAAUUCACCUCUGCAACAAGACCCGAGCAAGUUCAUCAGAGGAAUCACAACCAACUACCUCAAUGCUCUCGGCAAAUCCCUCAAUGGCGAUAUCUCACGAGCGGAUGCUGGGCCUGAUACCCUCCAAUAUGCACUGGACGGCCCUGGGGAUGCACUCAAGGGUCACAAUGUCUUUGCCUGCCUCCGUCGAUCCAACUUCAAGCUUCCCACCAUGAGUUCAACCCCUAUUAUUAUGAUCGCUGCUGGUACAGGUCUUGCUCCCUUCCGCGGGUUUAUUCUUGAACGAGCUCGUCUUAAUGCCGUUGGAAAGCCCACUGGCAAGAUGAUGUUGUUCUUCGGAUGCCGCUCCCCUGAUCAAGAUUACCUCUACAAAGAGGAACUCGCGGAGGUCACCAAAGAGCUACAGGGGUCGCUCGAGAUCGUCACUGCGUUCUCCCGUGCUGAUGGCCAACCUAAGAAGUAUGUGCAAGACAUGGUUGACGAGCGGAAGGAGGAAGUAUGCCGUCUUCUUGAGGAUGGUGCUAGUAUUUACUUCUGUGGUCGUGCAUCCAUGGCAAGAGAAGUUGGAAAUGUCGUUGAAGAGUCGAUGAAGGCCAUGAAUAAAUGGACUGAUCCUGAGGCUCGCAGCUGGGCUGAGUCGGCCAAAAAGAGGAACAAGUGGCUGGAAGAUGUUUGGGGAUAG